AUGAAAGCGGGCGCUGUUCACUGCCGUUGUUCAAAAUGCUACUCGGUUCCAGCAAGGAAGCGGGUCCGUAAGCGAACUCCAGCCCUCACCUUGCUGUCUCUACCUGAAGAGAUUGUCCUGUAUGUGCUGCAGUGUCUCUCUGCAGAGGACCUUCUGUCUGUCCGAGCGGUUCACUCCCAGCUGCGGGACAUUGUUGAUAGCCACUCCAGUGUGUGGGCCAGGGUUGGUUUCAGGGACACUUGGCCAUCCCCCAACUCCCUAUGGCUGUUUGAAAGAGCUGCUGGAAAAGGGAAUUUUGAAGCUGCCGUGAAGCUUGGGAUUGCUUAUUUGUACAAUGAAGGACCGUUGUUGAGCGAUGAGGGGCGAGCGGAUGUAUGUGGACGAAAGGCCUCCCACUUCUUCAGCCUGGCAGAGAGCCUACGCUCACCCACAGCCGAUCCCUUCAUCUGGGUGUUCAUCCGUCCGCCAUGGUCGCCCACCGGCAGCUGCUGCAAGGCCGUGGUGUUCGACCAUCUCAAGGCUGAGUGUGAUGACAAUGUGGAGAAGAGGGGGCCUUUGUUGCACUGUUUGGCCAGAGUGUUGCAGCUGUUUGAAGAGGAUGAAAGACGCUCAGAUGCUGUAACUCUGCUGGAGGAGUCGUCGCAGGCUGGAUGUCUGCAGAGCUCAUACCUGCUGUGGGAGCAUCGGCGUAAAGCUGCCAUGGCAGAUCCAGGAAGGUACCUCCAGUGUGUACGAACCCUCAGGGACUACGCUGGCAAAGGAUGCUGGGAGGCACAGUUGUCUCUGGCCAAAGUGUGCAGCAGCGGGAAUCCACUGGGUUUGGAGUCCAAGGCCUGCUCUGACUUGGUGUCUCAGCUCUUCACUUCCCCCAAUCCAGCAUCUCAACACUGUGCUCAGAACAUCCUCCGGCGAGGCAUUAAAGACACCAUGAGGUACAUUCUGGUUGACUGGCUCGUGGAGGUGACCACCAUGAAGGACUUCUCCAGUCUGACGCUGCAUGUGACCGUGGGUUGCGUCGACCGCUACUUGGCUCGGCGCUCCGUUCCCAAAGCUCGCCUUCAGCUGCUGGGAAUCGCCUGCAUGGUGGUUUGCACUCGGUAUAUCAGUAAAGAGAUCUUGACCAUACGUGAAGCCGUUUGGCUCACAGACAACACCUACAAAUAUGAAGACCUGGUUCGAAUGAUGGGAGAGGUUGUCUCUGUGCUGCGGGGGAAGAUCAGGAGCCCCACUCUGCUGGACUACGGCGAGGUGCUGCUCUCUCUGCUCCCACUGGAGAGACGAACCGCUCACCUGUUCAGCUACAUCUGUGAGCUGUCGCUGCUCUACUCGGCUCUCGCUUCACCUCCACCAGCCAAACUCGCCUGUGCUGCACUACUGCUGACACGUGCACUACAUCACUAUGUUCCCCUCUGGCCCACCACGUUGGCUGACUACACUGGAUUUUCCAAGCAGGACCUGGUUCCUCUUUCUGUGCUGCUCUAUGUCAAGUGCUUCAGUCAAGAUGUUCCCAAAGAUUACAGACACGUGUCUCUGACCGGCGUUAAGCAGCGGUUUGAAGAUGAGGCCUACCAGCAAAUCAGCAAAGACAAGGUGAUGGAUUUUAAAGAGCUCUGUCAGAUCUUGGAGAUUCCUGAGGUGGAGCCUCAGAUGGAGCCUCCCAGCCCCACUGGUCAGCCAGCAGACCUCCACACCUUCCUGGCUUCACCAUCAAGCACCAGUAAAAGGAGACGUGAGGACACCAUGCAGCAUCACAGGGGCAGCUUUGUGGCCACGCCCACUGCAGAACUGUCCAAUCAGGAGGAGACACUGCUGGGUGAAAUCCUGGACUGGAGUCUGGACACUUCCUGUUCUGGUUAUGAGGGGGACAGAGAGGAAGAGAGCGAGGAAGAGAAAGAUGAAGAUUCCUCCAUGAUAUCCAUCACACUGCAUCCGCUGACUGAUGCAAACAAAAGGCUGGAGCACUGCCGAGCUCUGUCCAGCGAUGAAGACAGCUUCUGUGAAGCAGACGGAGAGACGAACAAGGACGGCCAAGGCCAGGAGCCUGUCUCCUUCUCUACAGACCUCCACAGUUCAGGAUACUCCUCCGUCCAGAGUGGUAGUCCCUCAUCCACAUGCUCCUCCUCCCUCAUGCCUUGUACAUUCAAGUCCUUUACCACUUCCCUGGGUGCAGCCUCAGCUAACGCCCAGCCAGGCUUCCGCCUUUUAGUGCCCAUGCAGAGGCCCCGAGGAUCCUCCAGCAAACAGGUGAAGAGGAAGAACGUGGCGGCGCAUAGCGGCGGAGAGGUGGGAAGAGAGGACGAGGACGUGGAAGAAGAGUUUUCUGCCAGCGCAGGCUUUCUGAGUCUAUAGACGGCGGUUAUUUGAGCGACGUCGGGCUCUUCACCAACCACCAGUUGUUAACCUCCAGCACUUUUCAUUUGUUCUCAACCUUUCUCACUCCUGUCAGUCUGCACUGGUCAUUUGUCAGAAGAGACUUUGAGCCUAAGGACAAGCAAGGGAAAACAAAUCUGUAAAUAUAAAUUUCCUAGAAACUUCUUUCUAUUACGUUACAUUUCUUUUACAAGUUUACAGGCAUGGAGCAAUAAAAUGCCUCCAAUAAAGCAGGACUCGGCUCUGAAACCACUGGAACAUGACUUGACUUUCCUCAGGACUUCGUUACGUUGGUUUUUUUCAUUUCAGGUGUUUUGCAGCCUUCUACAACAACCUCAGCUCACGUUCGAACGUAGUAAAAGAAAUGAAACCUCAUGGACUUAUUUUUUGGGGGAAACUAAGAUGACGUAUUUUGAAAAAAAUGCAGCUGCAACAUGUUUUUGUGGUCGUGUAGGUCGUCAUAGUCUCUGAUAUGCACUGUCCGUACAAGAGUCUAUCUUGUAUUUGGUGAAUUUCAGGAACAGGUGACUGCUGUCAUCUCGUUCAUAAAAGUGUCUGAAUCUUAAAAAAUAUGAUUGAAUUCUUGUUCAGUUUAGGUUUUUUGUCAUUCCUCAUGUGUUGCCAAAGGUACUGUGGUGGCCUGUUUUCAGGGACAUCCGCCUUAAAGAAACAGCUGUGAAAUGUUGUUUUAUGUCCUCUCGUCCUGAACCACACACCAGCUUAGCACAUUAAUAACAUCAUCCGAUAGAUGGUAACUGUUAUUGAUGCUCUGUAUUCAUUAAGGUGUGCUGGCGGUGGAACUAAGAAUCUAGAAGCUGGACGCGUUUUGUACAAACCUCAGAUAAUCACAGUCAGAAAUAUUCAGCUCAAAUGUAGUGACGUGCAACAUGAAACUCCAGUAUGCUGAUAAAUUGUACUUCUGGUCCCGUCUGAAUUAGGUCUACUGGCUCUUUUAUCGUGACAGACGCAGCAGUUCAAUCAGUGGUGACCGUUUCUAUGCUUGAACAAUCAGUACUAAAGUAUUUCUAGGAUUUAAAUUCAGACACUAACGGGAAAUGACUUGAUGAGGUUUUCAAAGUCCUUUAUGCCUCCUUCAGGACACUGAGUACAUGUUGUGUAAAUGAUAGUGACUGACUGUAAAUACAUUUUAAACUGUUAUCCAAGACUGGUUAUCUCCUGUGUUUUUAAAUGUACAUAGAGCUCUAUGUAUAGAUGGUAAAGAAAGAAAGAACAUGCCACUACUACUUGAAAUUGUAUUUGCUUCAUUCCAAAAAGGCAGUUUUCUUUGUGAAACAGUUUUUUGUAUAGUGCUGUGUUUUUCAAUAGACCUGUGACGUGAAUAUGUAAUUUUUUUGUACUGAGCUCCAAUAAAGCAAGCCAUCAUGCUUUGUUCUUAAA